CAGAUUUGAACAUUUCGACAGCGGCCAUGAGGAGCACUUCCUAUUCCCAGAAGACCUUGACAGUAAGUGGAUCCAGCAGAAUGAGAGUACAAAGCCCCUCUCCUUCCCGCUGUGGUGCAGCUGGCUUCCGCUCUCUUUCUUCCGACUCCCGCAGAGGCCGUUCGGGUUUCCAGGGCACUGCUAUUGAGGUGGGCACAGAGAUCCACCAACACCAUGCCAAUGAAAAGGAGGAGAUGCAAGAGCUGAACGUUCGCUUUGCUGGUUACAUAGAGAAGGUACAAGCCCUGGAACAGAAGAAUGCUGCCCUGCAGGCCCAACUGGCAGACCUACAAGCUCGUUUCAAAGGGGGCCCUAGUGGUAUUGGGGAGGAAUACGAGCAGAAAUUUAAAGAAAUCAAGGAGCUUAUUGAAACACUGACCAAUGAAAAGGGAACAGCAGACAUUGAAAGGGGAUACAUUGAGGAGGAGAUCGAGUCCUGGAGGAUAAAAUAUGAUGAGGAGCUUCAGCUCAAAGAAGAAGCAGAGCUGACUCUUCGACAGUUCCGAGAAGACAUUGACAAUGCAACUCUGCAGAAAGCUGAUCUUGAGAAAAGAGUGGAGCAGCUGGUGUCAGAAAUUGAAUUUAUGAAGAAACUCCAUGAUGAAGAAGUAGCUGAUCUUCUGAAACAAAUUGAAGACUCAAAAGUUACCGUAGAUAUAGAUGCUAGCAGACCAGACCUGGCAGCCUACUUACGCAACAUGCGAGUUCAGAUUGAACAGCUUUCUGCCAAGAACAUUCAGGAUGCAGAAAAAUGGUACAAGAGUAAGUUCAAUGCCUUAAAAGAACAUGCUGGCAAACACGAAGAACAACUGAAGGUCAUGAAAGAUGAAAUUUCUGUCUAUCAGUCUCAAAUCUCGGACCUACAAAACCAGAUCGACAACUUAAGGGGCCGAAACAAUGCCCUUCAACAGCAGCUAGAUGAUAUGGAAGACAAUCACCUGGAGAAGGUUGCUAACCUGCAGGAUGUCAUUGCACAGCUAGAGUGCCAGCUCUGCGACACCAAGACAGAAAUGUCUAAAUACAUGCAAGACUACCAAGAGCUGCUUCACAUUAAACUAAAGCUGGAUGCUGAAAUUGCAACUUACAGGAAGCUUCUAGAAGGAGAAGAGCUGAGACUGGGGAUUGCAUCCGGAAGUGAUGCAGCUGAAGGACUAACAAAAGAAGAACGAACCACUUCUGUAACUCGUACAGUUGAAAGCCACACUGAAACAAAAGUGACAGCCUGAGCAGACCCUUCAAAUGAAAGCUCACCUCCUGAAGAGGCAUCAAGUGUUAGUCAACAUUUAUGAACAGUCUGUGUAGUUUUAAUUAAGUUCCAGUUGCAUUUAAGCAUGAUGCUCUGGGUAAAAAUAAAAUGUUUUAAUUUCAAUGUAUACUUCAUAACGUAACAAGGAAGGAUACCAACCUCUAUCUGCAUAUCCCGAGCACUAGAAUGUAACCCUGUUA